AUGGCGGAUCCGAAGAAUGAUCAACGAAAAGCGAUGGAUGCGCUGUGAGUUUUUUACCAAACGUUUUUGCGGUUUCAAAAAAUCGAUAUCUAGUCACGACGUUCUGCUGACGCGUUUUAAGCAGACUAGGUUUUGCAUUUGAAAAAUCUUAUAGUUAGAUCACGUAGUAGAAAAAUGCUUAAUAGGCGAUUAAAUGAAUGAGAACUUCUGACCAGGCAAAAGCUAUUUUCAAGUGAUUGUUUUUGGAAUUAUCGGUACAGAAACUCUAUUUUUAACGUUGAAAGAUGCAGAAUCAUAAUGUUCCUUUUAAAUUCCUUGUUUUUCUGCGAUUAUUCGUUCGACGAGCCGGACAAUGUUAAAAAUAGAUAACAAACAUCUUUUUUAAGAUUUAUUGAUUGAAAAGAUUGCAAAAAAAAGAUAUUGCAUUUUGCGCUCCACCGACAGCCGUGCAGGAGGCCGUGGCUCGCAAAAUUCUGGAAAAAUCCCAAAAUUUCAGCAAAAGACUGGGCGAAAAUGCGACGGAAAAGGAACUAAACGCAGGGGUGGAAUUUAUGAGAGCUAUUUGUGAUGCGCUCCUCGGAUUCGGCUAUUCUGAGAGUUUGUUUCUGAAUUUAGGAAAAAUAAAAGAAAAAUUUGAGGUGAUAAGAAUAAAUGUGUCGAAGAAACGGAUGAUUUGGUGGAGGAGACGUGCAAAAACGAUAAAAUUCGUGAUUGUGAGUGUUUAUUUUGAACAAAAUUAAAGAAAUUAUUCUAGUUGACAUGUGCCAAAAGUACAACUCGACCACCGGCUCUACCUUCGAAACCGUGCUCAUCGUCGUGGUCGUGGUCGCUCUUCUGGCCGCCUGUGCCUCUUCCGUCGCCGCUUUUUUCUUCUGGCGCCACAAAAAACGUCAAAAGACUUCUGGGGUCCGACCGGCGGGACCGGACACGGUUUCCGGAGGAACACGGCACGACACAACCACUGGGACCACUUUGUACACGGCCGGAAAUCCCACUUUGUUCCCUGUCAAAUAA